UCCACAGAUGCAAAGAUGCUCUCUAAAUUGAUCCUAACAAAUCCAUUGAGUUUUAAAGACCCCUAUCAGAAAUCGCAGCCAAAUGGGCGAGCGGGAACUGAACCAUUAGACGAGGAAAUUCUUCACCCGUUUGAAAAGCUAAUUGUCAAACAACAACUGGACACUGAGAAGAAAACAGAAAAGACAAAGAAAAACAAGAAGAAGCCAAAGGCAGACAUGAAACAAUUGCAGGAGGAGCCACAGAACUGGGCUGAAGGGAAAGAAACUGAUGAAGGGGCAUGGGAGACCAAAAUCAGUAGCCGGGAAAAACGACAACAGCGCAGGCGUGACAGAGGAAUAAAUGAAUCUCCCUCCGUUGAUUCUAGUCUCCCUGCAGUUGGAUCUGAAGCUGUUCCUGCACAGCAACACACAAUAGCCUCAGCUGGGCUGGGCCCUCGAAAGACCAAAGGGGUAGAAACUGCAGUUGCUCCCGGGUGGGGUGAACAGCUAACAGUGAAUGGAGGAAGCUGGUGUGAUAUCCCAGUGAAACUGCCCACUCAGAUUAAUGCAACUAAGGAUGAUAAAUGGCGACAAAUCCCAGUAUUGGCAAAUGCAAAAAGAAGCCCGGAUCAGCCUGCCUGGGGCCAGGAAAGCAGUGAUACCAAUGCAGGGUCAAAAGAAUGGGCAGUACCCUUAGUUGAUAAGACUUGGAGUGAGCAUGCACUUUACCCCAGCAUUGGGGCUUGGGCAGGUGUCAAUAACAGGAUGAAUACCUCAGAGCAGAAACCUCCUUUCUCAACCACGGGGAUAAAUGCUGCAGUAGCCAGCACCUCUAGUGAGCCAGCCUCCCAGUCGAGCACCGCUGAUCAUCAAUGGGAUGCUAACCCGACACCCAACCUUGUUGACGAUGCCUGGUCUGGAAUAAAUGGGAUUUCGACAGUUGACCCAAGUUCUGACUGGAACGCUCCAACAGAAGAGUGGGGGAACUGGCUGGUGGAAGAAAGCACUUCACCAGCACAGCCUGAGGAUGUUGCUGCAGAAACUCAAAAACUGUCAGAUGAAGAAAAAGAGAAAGCGGACUCUGGUCUGCAAGGUUCUGCAACCAGCAAAUCAAAGAAGAAGAAAAAAAAGAAGAAAAAGGGCGAAGAAGGUGCUGCUGCUGCUCCUGUGCAAGAGACUGACGAACAAGAAAAGGAAUCCAUCAGUGGAGAUCAGGAGCAACUUAUUGUACAAGACCAGCCUGAAAAGGAGAUAGCUCCACCUGUUGAAACAAUAUGCACUAGUGAACCAGCAGAGGUUGAAGAGGCACAGCUGGUAGAAAUCACUGAAGAACCAGCUGUAAUUAUGGAAAGUUCUUCCCAAGAUAUUACUUCCCAAGUGCCAGACACACUUUCAGAGACAGAAUUACCUGUCUCUGCCACUAAACAGAAUAGCCUGCCUCCUUCACAAGCAAAAUCGGAUGAAAACUGGGAGUCCCCGAAGCAGAUCAAGAAAAAGAAGAGAGCAAGAAGGGAAACAUGAGCUUUUUUUUUGUAUUCAGUGGUCAGUUGUUAUGCAAAAUGAUCUUGAAGAAAAAAAAAAAUCUGUUUAUGCAAUAAUUUGUGAAAAUGUACAGAAUUUUAUAGAAGAAAAUUUGAGUGUAAUUUUUAUUAAAACUUAUUGCAAUGCGCAUGAGCAACUUGAUUUGAUACCAUGUAACAAACUUCAAGUGAAACACACUGAUGCUGUCUACAGCCACUUUCAUGCUGGGUCUGAGUUUGUUGACACUAGAAAAUGUGAUUUUGUCUUUUCUUUCAUUUUUUUUUGUAAGAGUUUGGGCAAGUCUGUGCAGAACUGCAUCAUACAUUAUGACCUUUGGCUCCACAGUAGAAAUUUGCAAUGAAAGUUGCCUUCUUUAAUGAAGAAACUGGGCCAUGUGAUGAGCAAUUGCAAGGGAGGCUUUGAGUUUUCUGUUCCGCUUUACGCUCCCCGUCCCAUCUAAACGUCUCCCCCCCCCCCCCCCCCCCCACC